ACCGCGACGAUGAGGCCGGUGUCCCUUUUCUGUUUCUGACUCCGACCAGACGUCCCUUUCACGCCCCUCGUCGCGCGCAUCUUCUCGGCUUCGCCCUGCACACCUACCAACUCGGCCCCGUCAUCUCCACUCGGUUAGUAUUUCGGCGUCCCCACACCCCAGUCACGUCACCGCUGGUGUCUGGGGCCGCCUCAUCGUACAUGCUGCAAAGGGCUUGAAUACUCCUACGCCAAAUCUGUAUUAUUCUCCCCAGUCCUCGUUCCGGUCUUACCCAGUCACUCCCGCAGUGGACCGCGAGUCUACCCGGCGUCACCUUGGUCUCCCCCCGAGAUUGUUGAAUGCCAGGCAAGAAUUCAAGCCAUUCCUCGUCCCUUGUCGGCGGCAUCGUCCAAUCCGGCACAUUGCUGCGGGCGGAGACGCCUUCGCCGGAUAUGUGGUCUCACAGCCCUCUUCGCUCCAACUUGGCCAUUGCAGCACCGCUCAUUCGAGCGGUCACUGUGACCCCGAGUUCUUCUUUACGCUCGUCGAUGCUUCUUGGCGACGACAUUGAUAAUGGGAUCGACGACCAGGAGGACGAAGAUAUGAUCCUUCAAUCCGUUCAACACAAGGGCUCCCCUCACACUUUCCAUUCGAUGAACAUGUCAGACCUAGACGCGCCAUGGUCAACUCUUCCACUUCAAAUUCCUCCCGCUCGCCCGAGUCUCUGGACAAUCUCCCGGCGCACUUCUAUCCUCCGUUCUGGACGAUGACAGCACAUACCUCCCUCCCCAGAUCAGCCUGUAGGAGUUGAAGUUGAUGCCCAGGUGGCAUUGACCGAGGGAAUUGACCUCCUUUCGACGUGCUCAGCUCCGUAUUUGGGUCGUCUUUGGCGCCUUCCGAACUCGAAGAGGCACUUACAACGAACGGUUUAUGACUUUUGAGCGGGCGAUGGCGUGGUUAGUCGACCGGGCCAUGCCUCCUGCUCAGUCUGGCUCCCAAAUCCGUGGACAGAUCCAGCAAAUGGGGGGCAGAGUAACGGUCGUUCCUCGGGACGCUGGUCGUGGCCGAGGUGACCUGCGCUCUCCCCCUAGGUAUGUCAACGGCAGACCGGUCCCAAACGGAAACCGCGUUUGCCGGUAUUUCGUUGCUGGGGAGUGCCUCCGCGCCGAUUGUCGAUUCAGUCACGAUCUGGAACGUGCGUUUGUGUCGUUUCUGGCUUCGCGGCACCUGUGCCAAACAAGAGAACUGCGAAUUCCUCCAUCAUCUACCCAAGGAUGUGGACUUGACCAGUCUAAACGUGGCAAUGCAGCGAGCGAACGUUGCCCCGGGAACCGGGCCACUUGCCGGACACCCUGCAGUGAUGGCUGCUGCGGCUCAGGAAGAUUUUCCCGCCUUGGACGGCAGCACAGCGCGUCGAGGCAAUUUCGGAGGGUAUCUGAACGAUCCCGCCAGAACCCGCUUUGCCGCGGCUGUCAAGAAAUCGGCGCCUGCACCGGAUCUGCAUCUUCGUCGGAAGCCAUGGGGAAUUCUGCAGAUAACCUCUACCAUCGCAGUGCCAUUGUUGCGCCGCGUCCUUCGCCCCGUCUCAAGCUACACGCCCCGACGUUGCUUCCGACGUUGCCCACUGGCGAUGCAGUCAACAACAUGUACAUGACGUACAGAUCGCGCGCUCUCCAGCUCGGUGCUGCGCGCAACGCCUGUUUAUCACGUGCUGCCGAUGCCUGGCGCCGAGGGGAUGGUGCCGCAGCAAAGAGAUUCAGUCGCGAAGGCCACGAGCUUAACGACAAGAUGGCGAAAGAAAUGCGUUCGGCCGCGGAGCGGCUAGUGCGCGAGAGGGCAUCUAUUGUCGAAGAGGCUGUGCGAUCUCGCGAUGCUUCGUGGUCCGACGAUCCUGGCGAUCGCGCUGCCCGUGGAAGAAGCUGUGGAGCCCGUUUUGGUGUCGUUCUAGGUAUUUCGUCGAAGGAAAUCGGCGACAACAAACUCAGUGCCGAGGAGCGCACUGAAGCCAUAGUCGACCUCCACGGUUUGCACGCCAAUGAGGCUACCGAUGUUUUGGAAGAAUUCCUGCUGGCAUUGGAACAGAAAGAACGGUUCUUGGGACUCGCCUACAUCAUCGUCGGAGAGGAGAAGCACACGGGAACCCAGGACAUGGCUAGAGGAACUUCACGGGCUCGGCUUGCCACCGGAGUCCGAGAAUGGGUGCAUCGUUGGGGCUAUCCGUGGAGCGAAAGAGAUGGAAUCAUCUGCGUCGACCCGCUCACUCAUGCUUCCGAGUAGAAUGGAAUCAGUUAAAGAAGACGAUUAAACAAGCCAUGUAUUUGUAGCCGAUGGAAGGGAAUCUAACAAUGCAAUAAUUAACACGCAUGAGCCAACAGAUAAAAUUCAUAAUGGUAGGUAAUCUCGUGGUUGUAAUCAUUACUGGCUGAGGACACUGGCUGCAUCAGAGGAAAUGGCCGCUUUUAUGUCUUCUGGACUGCUGGGAUCCGGCAAACCGGCAUCUCCGUCCCGGACCUGAACAGGCAGUCCAAACACCGGGUUCGUGGGGCUGAUUGGCUCGGCAAGUGAAGACGCAUCGGAGAAACUGUACACCGAAGUUCGUUGUCCAGGUGGCGGUCCAUUGCCUGGCGGUCCCGAUGAAACGCUGGACCGCGAACUAAAGAACCCUGUCAACUUCCGUGACAGCGGUGCUGGGCCGGGUGCUGCUCCUGUGCUCGGCAACGCUGCACUCGAAACGAUGGGAGAACCAGUUACAUCGGGACGAGGCGCCGCGGUCCCAUCACCCUUCCACAACUUGAACCCCCAUCCCUUGUCUUUCCGCGGCUGGUCUAGCCCCGACUCGUCACCCGUCGUCGCAGCCGGCAGUGGAGGCAAUUUCACUUCGGCAUCCAAGUUGGCGCCGACCCCAUUCGCAGCAAUGAAAUCGCGAAGGGCUGCAGCACAAUUCUCGGAAGCUUCUCUCGCCUCGAUCGCUUCGCCUAGCUCGUGUCGAGUCUCCUGCAGUGCACUUUGCGCCGUCUUCAGCUCGUUCCGAAGCUUUUCCAGCUCUUCAUGAUCAUGCGAAGACGAUGACGAUGUCCGUGAGAUGUGUGGCCCGACGUCUCGCGGAGGAGACGCUCGUCCAAAGAACCCAGACGAUCGACGAUUCGCCGAGGGAGAAGCAAAAACAGAAGAUAUGCGUCGAUGUGCGUUGGGACGGAAUGAGUUUCCCGCAAAGGUGCCAGUGAGCGGUGUGAACGACGCCCG